ACUUAUUUUUUCUAUUAUCAACACAAAAACAGCCCAUAUUUAUGUUAAUAGGUCCUAAAAACCCAAGCGCCAGUGGAGCUCUACGGGCAAAAGGGACCAGUAAUGUGUGAGAUUAGAUAUCUCUAAUAACCAGUUCAACCAAAUGCGCCACUGAGCAACUUUUCUUUUCUCAUUCAAACUUGUGGAAGCAACUCAAGACAAAAAAUGACCAUUACUGCAUUGGGAAAAAGUUAUCUAACACAUCCGCGUGUAUGAAGUGACCAAGGACGUCUGGCUUCAUAGGACUGUGAGCUGUGGACCACUAAUGACAUCACAGCGUUAAGACAGUGUCACACAUGUUUAGACUCCGCUGCCCAUGAGAAGGUAAAAAGGGGCAGCUGCUGCCAUGUUUAACACCCCCCCCCUCCAAAGGCCGUGUAAUCAAAGCAAGUUGAUGUACAUGAAAUCCCAGCUGCUCGCGUGGAUUUAUGUGCCAAUAAAGUGGUGAAUGGAUCUGCGUGGCUCCCCGGGCGGAGCGUGACCUGGACAGGGGACUUCCACCACCCUCCCAAUAUGUCCGCGUGUCGCCUUACAAAGACUUUUAUUUUUAGCCGCGGGUUGAUCUGUGUGAGCGCUCGCCGCCCACGGCCCUGAAUUCAGGUUCCCUUUGGAUCCUGAAGCCUUUUUUGAGAGGGAGUGGGUGUGGUUUCCUCCUGCUCGUGUCCUCAGACCCGAGGUUUGGGUCACAGUGAUUGGGUGUCGUCUCCCUGUCGGUAAGUCCGUUGGUCCUGGUCCCCAAGCUAAACCACUCGGAAAGCUCCCGCUCGAGGUGAGAGAUCGCCCCCAGAAAUCCCUGCAAUGGAUCAGCACAAGUAUCGCACGGCGGGCGUCCAGGAGAAGCUGGAGAUCGUCGGGGUGGAGGACGAGGCCGGGAACCCCAUCAGCGGCCUGACCAUCCUGUCCCUGCUGGAGCGCGUUGCCGGCAUCAUCGACAACGUCCAGUCCGGCCAACAGCGCAUGGAAGAGCGUCAGCUGGACCUGGAGAGCAACAUCAAGACCAUCCAGGGCGACGUCCUCAAACUGGCCAAGGACCACACCGACACCAGCUGCACGGUGGAGAAGCUCCUGCAGAAGACGCGCAAGGUCAGCGCCAACGUGAAGGAGGUGCGGGCGCGUGUGGAGAAGCAAAACGUCCGCGUGAAGAAGGUUGAAACCACGCAGGAUGAGCUGCUGACCCGCAACAAGUUCAGAGUGGUCAUCUACCAGGGUGAGGCCGAGGUCCCAUCAGUCGCUGUCACCAAAUCUCCCAAAGGAUGCGGCCUGGACGGGCUGGAGAUGGAGGCCGACACCUACGACGUGCCCCUCGACCUCUCCUCCGACGAGGAGUACCUGAGCGUGGAGGAGGCCGACCCCUCGCGAGCCGCCCGCAUCAAGAAAUCGAUGGCAAAGAGCAGCGAGACCCUGAAGGCCGCCUUCUCCAAGGAGAACAUGAACAAAACCAAAGGCAGCCUGGGCACCAAGUUCCACCACCUGGGCGAGAAGGUCAUGCCGCCGGAGCGGCGGGACAGGAUGCACCAGGCCGGCGAGCGGCUGAAGCAGUCCGGCGAGCGGCUGAAGGAGAACAUCGCCAAGAAGGCGCCGAACAAGGAGACCUUCCGCAUCAAGCUGAAGAAGGAGAGGGCUGUCGCCGAGGGGCAGGAGGGCGCCGAGGCCGAGCUCCAGGGCCAGGCCGCCGCCGAGGAGAAGCCGGUCCCCUACACCGAGGUCGCCAUGGAAACCAAGAGGGAGGGGCCGGUGGAGGAGGCCGGCGCCACCCGGAUAGGGGAGGAGGAUCACGGGAAGUAGAUCGGAAGGGACCGCGAAGGGGAGGAGGAACAUCGGAGGAGAGCAGGCGACGCUGCGCAUUCAGAGGAAGGGUCUCUGAUUGGUCGGCGUGGAUGACGGACACAUGUUUAUUUUUGUUCUCGACAUGCGACGCUGGUUAUUUAUUCAAGUCUGUUUUCAGGGUGUUGACUGAAGUGACUUUACAGAGGUCUGAGAUGGUCACCGGGUCACCGGGUCACAGUGCAGGCGCGCUUUACAUGACAGCUGGAAGGAAAAGAAAAGGUCACAGAGGGCGAUGAUGAAUGUUGAACUUUGAACAUAUAACGUGAACGUGCACAAACCAGGGAGUUACACAUCCAAUGGUAGAAGAAUAGAAAGUGGUCGGUUGGCGCCUCAGCUGGUCUCUGAGGCGCCUGAAGAGGAAACGAGAGAACAACGUCAACAGGAAGGAGACAAACUGCAAAGCCCGGGACUAAGUUACCCAGCAUUCAUUGCACCGCAACGGUGAAAAGUGAGUUGGUCACGAAGGACUAAAAUAUGGGUUAGCGGUUAGCGGAUUAGCAUUAAAUUACAGCUACGUAAAUAAAAGAACGAACCGCUGAGUUCAUCGAGUUCAUUGUUAUUAUUUACCACAUGAAAUAUAUCGAAGACGAUAUAAAAUAAUUUAGAUUUAAAUAGUUUAGAUAAAAAUGGAGCAUGUAGAGAAACGAGAUCAGAAUAAAGAGGUUGAUUCCAGUGCAGUGAAGUACGUUUAAUUGAAUAAAAUGAAGUCGCCAGCGCUGAUUGGUCGACUCUUUUCCCAACCGCUCGUUAAAGCAACACCAGACGUGUCAAAUGUCAUGAAAACACUCAUCCGAAGGUCGACUCCUUGAAUCAUCAUUUUAUUUUCUGGUUGCAUCACACAGAAAAAUUCAACACUUCUGCUUCGUUCAUUUCAGAUUCAUUUGUUGUCUUUGGAACCGUUUUCAUUGGAAUUCUAAUAAAGUUCUGGUGGUUUUGUCGACCCGACGGGUCUUUGUCCGGUUCCGCUUCCAUCCAGCAGCAGGCGAUGAACUUCUGACGCUUCUCAGCGACGUGUCGGCGGCUUAUGAAUGUUUCCUUUUGUUUGUCCAGUUUAGCUGCUUUAUAUUCAUAGUUUCUCUUGAGGUUUAGUGAACACAGUGAAUCAGCGCUCUGUCAUUCUGCACUUCCUGUUAGUGAGUUUAUUUCACCUGGUGAGUGAGGAUGCUGGAUUUAAAGCAGUAGAUUGACAGAAUGUGGUUUGAUUUGAUCUCUUCUAUUCAUCUUUCAAAACAGCUCAGUUCUUUGUCAUUUUUACAAUCAUCUCAAUCCAGUUUUAUCUCUUUCUAUUGAAACACAGCUGUGGUGUCAUUUAAACUUUUGUUUUUCUAUAAAUAAAGUUCCCAUGAAACCAGUA